UCAGGAUGCUGUGCACCUGCUAAUCAAAGGGACAGAAGACACAAAACCCUGCUCCAAGGCUCCUGGGAUGUUGACACAGCGCAGCUGGGAAAAUAUGAAGAUCUUGUGGCUGGCAGCGGUGGCGUGGUGUGUCCUAGCACCUCCAGCGCAGGCCAGCAAGAGCUCGGAGGACAUCCGCUGCAAGUGCAUCUGCCCCCCAUACCGGAACAUCAGUGGGCACAUUUACAACAAGAAUGUGUCACAGAAAGACUGCAACUGCCUGCACGUGGUGGAGCCGAUGCCAGUGCCGGGGAACGACGUGGAAGCCUACUGCCUGCUGUGUGAGUGCAAGUAUGAGGAGCGCAGCACCACCACCAUCAAGAUCAUCAUCAUCAUCUACCUCUCGGUGGUGGGGGCGCUGCUGCUGUACAUGGCCUUCCUCAUGCUGGUCGACCCCUUGAUCCGGAAGCCAGACGCCUACACCCAGCCCCUGCACAAUGAAGAGGAGAACGAGGAGGCCCGCUCACUGGCAGCAGCUCCCGCUCCCACCGGCGCCAGAGCCAACACGGUGCUGGAGAGGGUGGAAGGAGCCCAGCAGCGAUGGAAGCGCCAGGUGCAGGAGCAGAGGAAGACGGUUUUUGACCGACACAAGAUGCUGAGCUAGAGCAAGCCAGGCAUGAAGUGACAGCCCGCUGGGGACAGGCAGCUGCAGCGUAGUGGGGAUAGGCCAUGUCUGUCUCACCCAAUAGGACCCCCCCCCCAGUGUUUAGUUUGAGCCCCCCAACCCAUCCUCCCCACUGUAUUGGCUUUCAUAGAGCAAACAAGGCCAAAGUGCCUGCCCAUGACUAUGCCCUCUACCCCCUUUGCAGCCUAAGCCAGAGGCACCCUGAGCUUUGCCCAGCUGAGGGCCCCAUUGACAACUGCCCUCAAAUGGCCCCAAAGGAACCCCAGUGCAGCCACUGUCAUCCUUAAUAAGGAGACUGGCAGAGACUACAGCUCCCAGCAUGUACUGCUCCAGCUAGAGUCCAGCGGUCAUGACAGAGUGCUCCACGCUGGGACCUGUCGUUUCUGCCGGCUGCACCUCGGUGUUAAAAGUUGUGGCAAAGGUGAGACCCAGUUUUCAAACUCCUUUGCCUGCAUUUGGCGCUUUGCGUGCCCCUCUCCGGAAGCAUGUCAUGUGGCAUGAAAUAGCCUUGAGCGAGGGCAUUGUAAUCUCUGGGGAAUCCUUGUCCCUUGCCUCUUCCUUUGAGCUAUCGUGUAACAAUCUGCAGGCUGGAGCAGUCAAAGAAAACUAUUUAAUGAAACAAAGCUGGUUUCAGCGCAUUCCUGGCUUACAAGGGAGAGAUACCUCAGCACAUGGCUUCUGCCAAACCUGUUCUGCCACUGUGCUGUCAAGACACAGCCCACUGGUCUUAGCUGAGGGGCUGUGAACCCAGAGAAACCAACAAGGGAGGAAAGCUUGUGUCUGUGCUGGAUGAAAUAAGCCAGUUCUGUACAUGUGGGAGCUAGGAUGCAGCUUGUCCUCCCGUAGAGCUCAUUUUCAACAGGAGGCAGGAUUAUUUAUUAUUUAUGGAUAUUAUUUACACUGUCUCCCAGUUCUACUCCAUGGCAGGGCACCAAAUAUUCUACCAUGUACCACAGGGAGCCAGUCUCUCACCUGGGGUAAAUUGGCAUAGUUCCACUAAGGUCAGUAGAGCUACCUUCAUUGACAGCAGCGGAAGAUCUGGCCCCAGAGCCUUUUCUGUAAGGACGCUGCUCUGGACACAAGAGGCCUGGUUCUCCUGUCAGGAUUUGCACUGGUGUGAAUGAGAGGAGAAUCCAGGCCUUUGAAUUCAGCUGCUGCUCUCAUUUACUCUGGUGUAAAUCCGCAGUAACUCCACUGACGUCAAUGGGGUCUCUCCAGAUCUACACCAGCGUCACUGAGAUCAGAGUCUGGCACCUGAGCCUUCUGUCUAACUGAGCAUUGUGAAAUUGACAAGCGUUGGGUACUAACAA